CUCGACACCGCUGGCUUUGUGCGUGCCGCCACGCCUGGCCGGGCUGCCCGCGGCCGGGCGGGGAUGGAUGGGAUGCUCUCCCCGCCCCGGGCUGCCCACCUCCCCCGGAGGCCUUCUCCUCCCCUCGGGGUGCAAGCAGGGCCCUGAGGGGACGGGGAGCAGCAGCAGAUGGCCCCGGCGUCGCUCGCGUAGGCAGCGGCCGCGGCCCCUCGGGGGUAGCCGCCUUUCCGAAACCUGCACCGGUCAAAAAGCCUUGGAAAGGCUCGCAGAGGUGGUGCAGGCGUGCUAGGAGAGAAACUCGAGGAGAAGCGGUGUUGCAAACAGUCGGCAGGCAGCUGCGCUAGAGAAGAGCUAAGUUGUGUUUUACAAAGCAUGGCCCAGUAAUGUCUUUAAUUAUGCUCUUAGGAAGCACAGAUUAAAAUGGAAAAAACGCAGCUCUCCAGCCUGACAUUGCUGCCUGAGGCCACAGCAGCCGCGCAGAAGGAAGCCUUUCUUUUCUUCCCUGUUCUAGGCUUGGCACUGUCAUUGACCUCUUUGGUGUACCCAUAGGCAAUUUCCUGCCCCUUCACUUUCCCUUCUAAAAUGGUUUCCUGCAUCCUACAGCUGCUCAUCAUGUCUUGGCUGCUCCAGCUCUGCACGCUCUGACCAUGAGCAGCAAUUCUUCCCUCAGCAAUGUGAAGGGCCUGAGGAACCUCACCACACAGGAAGACGGGGCGGUCAGAGUCACUGAGUCCAUUGCUAUAAUCGUCAUUGCUAUUUUCAUCUGUUUGGGCAACUUGGUGAUUGUCGUCACCCUAUAUCGGAAGUCUUACCUUCUCACAUUGAGCAACAAGUUUGUGUUCAGCCUGACCCUCUCCAACUUUCUACUCUCUGUAUUGGUGCUACCUUUCGUCGUCACCAGCUCCAUCAGGCGAGAAUGGAUCUUCGGAGUUGUUUGGUGCAAUUUCUCAGCCCUGCUCUACAUGCUGAUCAGCUCAGCCAGCAUGCUUACUCUUGGACUCAUAGCUAUAGACCGGUACUAUGCUGUGCUGUACCCGAUGGUUUACCCGAUGAAGAUAACAGGCAACAGAGCAGUGGUAGCUCUUGUGUAUGUGUGGCUACAUUCCCUUAUCGGCUGCCUCCCUCCCCUUUUCGGCUGGUCGUCUUUGGAGUUUGACCAAUUCAAGUGGAUGUGUGUGGCGGCCUGGCAUAAAGAGGCUGGUUACACUGCCUUUUGGCAGAUCUGGUGUGCGUUGCUGCCUUUCGUGGUCAUGAUGAUCUGCUAUGGAUUCAUAUUCCGUGUGGCAAGGAUUAAGGCCCGCAAAAUCCACUGUGGUAGCAUUGUCAUUGUGGAGGAGGACUCCCAGAGGAACGGGAGGAAGAACUCCAGCACCUCUACAUCCUCUUCUGGCAGCCGAAGGAAUGCUUUCCAAGGGGUUGUCUACUCAGCCAACCAGUGCAAAGCUUUCAUAACCAUCUUGGUUGUCAUCGGUGCUUUCGUGAUUACAUGGGGGCCUUACAUGGUAGUAAUUACAUCAGAGGCACUUUGGGGAAAAAAUAGUAUUUCUCCUGCCUUGGAGACAUUAGCUACAUGGUUAUCCUUUUCCAGUGCCAUUUGCCAUCCACUAAUUUAUGGACUGUGGAACAAGACAGUGCGCAAGGAACUGCUAGGAAUGUGCUUUGGGGAUCGGUAUUAUCGCGAGUCCUUUGUUCAGCGGCAUAGGACAUCGAGAUUAUUCAGCAUUUCCAAUAGGAUCACAGAUUUGGGACUCUCUCCUCAUCUCACUGCCCUCAUGGCAGGUGGGCGGCCAUUAGGAAACAGCAGCAGCACAGGAGACACAGGUUUCAGCUGCUCACAGGAUUCAGGAACAGAUACAAUGCUUCUUGAAGAUUAUAGCUCAGAUGGCCCUCUUGUCCCACACUGCAUCUGUCCUCCUCGAAGGAGGAGUUCAGUGACGUUUGAAGAUGAAGUAGAGCAAAUUAAAGAAGCUGCAAAGAAUUCUGUUCUUCAUGUAAAAGCCGAAGUCCAUAAAUCUCUGGACAGUUACGCAUCCAGUUUAGCAAGAGCUAUUGAAGCUGAUGUGAAAAUCAGCUUGUUUGGGGAAGAUGCUUUACCAGGAGCUCUGUUCCCUGUGCGGACUCUGCCAGGAAGCAGUAUGAACACACGGCGUGGUACCAGGCCCCAUGCUAGCCAAAGACUUAAGUUGCAGAGCAUCGAUGAAGGGAAUAUUUGACAGGAGCACUGGAGUAAGAAAACAGAAUGAAACCACUAGGCGGGACCUACUACAGCUGUCAGUGUUUCAACAGAAGCAGGAUACCUUGUCGGGAUGUUUUCAGUGUUUUUUCAACACUUGAAAACCAGCUGAAUUCUGGUACUUACAUCAGCAUUUUACAGCAGUAUUCAUUUACUGUUUAGGGUGCUAUUGACUCUUUUGUGCCAUGUCUUAAAUCUAUCACGCAGUGCACAGGAAUGCAGGGUUUGGUUUCAUUGACCAGAUUACAUUAGUCUGUUGAAUCUUGGGUCCAUUAUUGGCCAAAGCCAAUACAGGAAUGAAAAAGUAUGCGCAGUGUUUAAUUUGUUAUUGCAUUGAUCCUUUUCUGACCACCAGGAUAAUCAGUUUAUACUUGAUAGCUGGAGUGCUCUAAUAGGAGCUUGUGCAUUGGAUACUACAUACAGCCUUACUAUCACAGGCACCCAAAUGAGAAGCAUGGACUUAACUAAGGGCAAAACCUGAACUUUUCAGAGAGCUCAUGCAGAUUAUGGUCCUACUUACCCUUGCUAGUGGAU